GAGAGAGAGCGAGCAGCUUCCGCGGUGCGGCGUCGGUGUCUCCGGUGUGUGUGAUAGGUCCGGUUUUUCUCUUUUGUGGUGUCCCGGAUAACAGGAACGGGCCCCGGACAGGUGAAGUUCAUCGCUGGCCGGUAAACAACACACACGGCGGCGGUGCCGGCGCGAGCUAAUCUUCCUGUUCGCGCUCCAGACUGGGCUCGGUAGCGCGUGCUUGACCCUGGCCGGGGUUAGGUAGGGUUAAGGCCACUCACCUCCACCUGGUCGCGGUGCAGGACCGCGUCCACACAGCCCCCACCCAAAACAAAGCGCAUCAGGAUGAGCUACAAGCCAAUAGCACCCGCACCCACCGGCUCCAACCACACACCCCCAGGAUCCUGUGGGUCUUCUCCAUCUCUGCCCUCAUCUUCUAACUUCAGACCAGCUUUCAGUGACUUUGGCCCACCGUCAAUGGGUUUCGUGCAGCCAGUGAAGGUGUCACAAGGAUCUACGUACAGCGAGCUGCUGUCAGUCAUUGAGGAGAUGAGCCGUGAAAUCCGUCCCACCUAUGCCGGCAGUAAAAGUGCUAUGGAGAGACUCAAGAGAGGAAUUAUCCAUGCCCGAGCUCUUGUGAGGGAGUGUCUAGCUGAAACUGAGCGAAGUGCUCGCACAUAACAUACACCUUCCUGCAUGUCUUCACUUCACACACAUCUUCAUUUAUUUCUGCAUUAAUUCACAAAACACACCCAUCUUUGUUAAACAUGCAGCCAAGCCUAUGACCCCUCCCCUUAUUAAUUAGUGCUUAUACCUGUUAGCACAACCGUUUUGUAAUCUCAACUUUUGCAGUUCUGUAUUUAAAUACAAAAACAAUAAAAAUGUCAGGUUUUGCAGUUAAA